AGAGCCUUCAAGAUGCUGUCCAGACUGUUUCGAAUGCAUGGCCUCUUCGUGGCCUCCCACCCCUGGGAGGUCAUCGUGGGCACUGUCACCCUCACCAUCUGCAUGAUGUCCAUGAAGAUGUUCACUGGGAAUGACAAGAUCUGUGGAUGGAAUUAUGAGUGCCCCAAGAUGGAAGAAGACGUUCUGAGCAGUGACAUCAUCAUCCUGACAAUCACUCGCUGUAUAGCAAUCCUUUACAUUUAUUUCCAGUUUCAGAACCUAAGGCAGCUUGGAUCAAAAUACAUUUUAGGCAUUGCUGGCCUCUUCACAAUCUUCUCCAGCUUUGUUUUCAGCACAGUGGUGAUUCACUUCUUGGACAAAGAGCUGACAGGUUUAAAUGAAGCUUUACCAUUCUUCCUCCUUCUGAUUGAUUUGUCCAGAGCAAGUGCAUUGGCCAAAUUUGCCCUCAGCUCCAACUCACAG